AAACUUUCUAACCGCACAUCGGGUAAACCGUAAACGUAAAUCGAUUUUUAACAGUUCGUUCAAAUAAAUAAUGAAGAGUAGCGGGCCAAGAAUGGAACCUUGCGGCACACCUGCACACACGCGUUUACUUUUACGAUUUUUUAGCAGACCGGCAUUUAUUAAGACCAACCAGCCUAUAGUGAUUGUUUUUACGUUGUUGUUAUCAUCUUCUCGAUUUUCAUGAGGGUUUCGACCAGAGUGUUGUCCAUACUAUCCGUUAACAUCCCGAAAUUCAAGUUUCGUUACAAAAGCCAGUGUGGUGUGAACCAGUCAGUGCGUCCGCUAUGUAGAAGCUCGAUGUGCUUACAAUCCGCACUUAAUCGCAUUAACAUGGCAGAAUCUGUGAAAAUCACGUCGCCUGUCUUCCGGAGUCUCUUCACUCCGGAACUGGAAAGUCUGGCGAGUAUCUUCAGGGAAUAUGGCUACGAACUGCGCAUAGCCGGCGGCGCAGUGCGGGAUAUUUUGAUGAAUAUUCGACCGGAGGAUGUGGAUUUCGCCACAACAGCCACUCCGGUGGAUAUGAAGAAGAUGUUUGAUGAGAAACUGAUCCGUAUGAUUAAUGCGGGUGGAGAGAAACAUGGCACUGUAACAGCACGAAUAAAUGACAAAGAGAACUUUGAAGUCACCACACUGCGGAUUGAUAAGACGACCGAUGGAAGAUGGGCACAAGUGGAAUUCACCACGGACUGGGUUCUUGACGCGCGACGGCGCGAUCUGACCAUAAAUUCCAUGUUUUUAGAUUUGGAUGGGAAUCUUUACGAUUACUUCAGCGGAAUGCAGGAUCUUAUGCAGCACCGUAUUCGUUUUGUGGACGAUCCUCGAAAACGCAUCCAGGAAGAUUUCUUGCGGAUUUUGCGCUAUUUUCGCUUUUACGGAAGAAUUUGCCCAGAUGCCGAUAAUCACGAUUCCGACACUUUGGAAGCGAUUCGGGAAAAUGCUGACGGGCUGCAACGUAUAUCGGGCGAGCGUAUCUGGAUGGAACUGCGAAAAAUCCUUACGGGACGCCACGGAAAUCAUUUAGUUAGCCGUAUGGUUGAUCUCGGUCUGACACGGUACAUGGGAUUCCCGGAAAAACCAAAUGUGGAAGAAUUAUUUGCUGUUUGGAAAAGAUGUCAUGAAUUCCAGCCUAAACCAGCGACGAUAUUAGCCUCGCUUCUUGCGAGCCAGGAAGAGGUGGAGAAGCUGGAUGAACGUUUACGGUUAUCCAAUGAAGAAUGUGCGACGGUACUUUUUAUCAUCGAUCACCGCUCAAAUCCUGAUCUGCUGGAUUACUGCCGGAAAUAUCCGGAUGUGAAUGCAUUGGUACCGUACCAGCAUCUUGUGGCGGAAACCGCCCUCACGUGCAAACAGUCUGAUGCGCGAUCGCGCUGUAUCGAAUUACUGAAGUACCGUGGCGAUGGCGUCCUGGUACAGGGAAUGGAAAACUGGGAAAUUCCACCGUUCCCAGUCAAAGCCACCAUGCUAAUAGAAAAAGGUCACCAGGGACCGAUUGUAGGGAUGGCUUUGGAUUAUUUAAGAAGAGAAUGGAUACGCAGCACAUUUACCAAGACGGUGGACGACCUCCUGUUGAACGACCUUCCUAAAGCUAUGCACCAGUUGGAAAUACAGCUGGCAGAGCGUCCAAAGAAUAAAAAAGUUAAACGGUAGAUAAUUGAAGUGCGUUAUCUACUCGUAUAGUUGUACCUUUUUAUAAUGUGUGUGAUAGUGAAUUGACUAAUUUUAUUGGUAAUCAUAAAGUCUUACUUACGAUGGAUACUUGGAGCAACUGGUGAUAAAAACAAGGAACAUUUUCCAAGAACCCG